AUGGUAAUAAGAAACCAAAAUGCUAAUAAUGUCAUACGGCAAAUUCGACAUGAUGAUAUGGCAGCAGAUAACAAUCUGGCAGCCAUGAUGGAAAGGAUUAUGGCUCGAAAUGGGGCAGAAACACCCCCUAGAACAAAAAUCUUCAAAUUCAUUAAGUUUUCUGGGGAUACUAUUGAAUCCACUAUCGAACAUGUGGCUAGAUAUUUAAUAGAGGCAGGAGACAUUUUGAACAACGAAAACCUUGGGAUAAAAUAUUUUCCAAGUUCUCUCACAAAGAACGCCUUCGCGUGGUUCACCACCUUGCCACAAAAUUCGAUUCAUACUUGGAAUAGGUUAGAGAGAAUGUUCCAUGAGCAGUUUUACAUGGGGAAAACAAAGAUAAGUCUGAAGGAAUUGGCUAGUAUUAAACGAAAGUCCACUGAGCCAAUUGAUGACUAUCUAAAUAGAUUUCGAUUACUCAAAGCUAGGUGUUUUACAAAAGUACCAGAGCAUGAAUUGGUCAAAAUGGCCGCUGGGGGCCUUGACUAUUCUAACAGAAAGAAGUUAGAUACCCGUUACUUGAGAGAUAUGGCCCAACUGGCUGAUAGGAUCCGACAGUUAGAACGCUUGAAGGAAGAAAAGGCUAGAGCAAAUAAGAAUAAAAGAGUAGCCUACGUCGAGUUCAAUAAUGAUGACGAAGGAUCCUAUAAUGGGCCUUUAGACUUCGACAAAAUGAAAUUGACCUUGCUAAUUUGA